AUGCGGCGGCCGAGUCGUACCAUGCACGUUGGAGUCCUUUUUGCCCUGGCGACCCUGGCUUGCUUGGAAGGCGCGGGGGGCAAGACUCUGAAAUACAGGAUUUACGAGGAGCAGCGGGUGGGCUCGGUCAUUGCGAGGCUCUCGGAAGAUGUCGCGGACGUUUUGUACAGAAUGCCGAACCCUGCCUCGGUUCGCUUCCGAGCCAUGCAGAGAGGCAACUCGCCCCUGCUGACGGUCCGUGAGGAUAACGGCGAGAUCAGCAUUGGAGCCAAAAUCGACCGGGAGCAACUCUGCCAGAAGAACUUUAACUGUUCCAUCGAGUUCGACGUGAUCACUCUGCCCACCGAACAUCUGCAGCUUUUCCACGUCGAGGUGGAAGUGCUGGAUAUUAAUGACAACUCGCCUCAGUUCUCCAGGGCUCUUAUACCCAUCGAGAUCUCCGAGAGCGCAGCUGUGGGGACUCGCAUUCCUUUGGAUAGCGCUUUUGAUCCAGAUGUUGGCGAGAAUUCCUUGUACACCUACUCCUUGUCUGCCAACGAUUUCUUUACUAUUGAAGUUCGAACCAGGACUGAUGGUGCCAAAUACCCAGAGCUCAUUGUGGUGAGUGAGUUGGACCGGGAACUGAAAUCCAGCUACGAGCUCCAGCUCACUGCUUCGGACAAUGGGGUGCCCCAACGGAGUGGAUCCUCCAUCCUGAAAAUCAGCAUUUCGGAUUCCAAUGACAAUAGCCCCAUUUUUGAGCAGCAGACAUACAUCAUCCAGCUUUUAGAAAAUUCACGUGUGGGGACUUUGCUCAUUGACCUCAAUGCCACUGACCCAGAUGAGGGUGCUAAUGGCAAAGUUGUGUACUCCUUCAGCAGUCACGUGUCUUCCAAAAUUGUAGAGACUUUUAAAAUGGAUCCUGAACGGGGACAGCUGACCCUUUUGAAAGCAGUGGACUAUGAAACCACCAAAUCCUAUGAAAUUGAUGCUCAGGCACAGGAUCUGGGUCCAAAUUCCAUCCCAGCUCACUGCAAAAUCAUCAUUAAAGUUGUGGAUGUGAAUGACAACAAGCCAGAAAUCAAUUUAAAUCUGAUGUCUCCGGGGAAGGAAGAAAUUGCUUAUAUUUCUGAAAAGGCUUCUAUAGAGACUUUUGUUGCUCUUGUCAGGGUGCAAGACAAAGAUUCUGGAGUGAAUGGAGAGGUGGUUUGCAAGCUUCAUGGCCACGGCCAUUUUAAACUCCAAAAGACCUAUGAGAAUAACUAUUUCAUCUUGACAAAUACCACUCUGGACAGAGAAAAACGAUCUGAAUACAGCUUGACUGUUAUAGCAGAAGACAGAGGAAUACCAAGUCUCUCUACAGUGAAACAUUUCACUGUCCAGAUUGUUGAUGAAAACGACAACCCACCUCAGUUUCAGACAAAUAGAUAUGAAAUUGUUAUUUUGGAAAAUAACUCUCCAGGGGCAUAUAUCACCUCUGUCACAGCAACUGAUCCUGAUCUUGGAGAUAAUGGACAGGUGACUUACACUAUCUUGGAGAGCUUUAUUUUGGGAAGCUCCAUAACCACCUAUGUGACUAUUGAUCCCUCCAAUGGAGCCAUCUACGCACUUAGAACUUUUGACCAUGAGGAAGUAAACCAGAUUGCCUUUGUGGUUCAAGCUAGAGAUGGAGGGACUCACCAGCUUGCCAGCAAUACUACAGUUAUGCUAACCAUAAUUGAUGAAAAUGACAAUGCCCCUGUGAUUGUGGGGCCAGUACUGCACAACAACACAGCAGAGAUUUCAAUCCCUAAAGAAGCUGAAAGUAACUAUCAUAUCACAAGGAUAAGAGCCAUAGAUAGAGACUCGGGUAUGAACUCGGAACUAAGCUGUUCCUUAGCAAGUAGUAGUGAAGACAGCCUUUUCAUAAUGGACCCACAAUCUUGUGAUAUCUACCUCAAUGCUAGCAUUGAGUUUGCUAAAUCAACUGAGUGGGAACUUUGGGUGGUUGUUCAGGACAAAGGAAGUCCUCAGCUCAGUACCAAAGCACUUCUAAAAUGCAGUGUUUUUAAAUAUGUUUACCUGCCUUCAUCUACAGAAGCCCCUUAUGUUAGCCAUUCCCCGGAUGUUUCCAUGAUUACAAUUAUUUCUUUAGGAGCAAUAUGUGCAGUGUUGUUAGUCAUCAUGGUUAUCUUUGCUACAAGGUGCAAUCGUGAGAAAAAGGACACUAGAUCCUAUAACUGCCGCGUUGCAGAAUCCACCUACCAGCAUCACCCCAAAAGGCCAUCGAGACAGAUUCAUAAAGGGGACAUUACACUUGUACCAACUGCUAAUGGUACUUUACCCAUCAGAGCUCACCAUAAAGCUUCACCCUCAUCGUCUCCAACACUAGAAAGAGGACAAAUGAGCAGUCGUCAAAGCCAUCACAGCCACCAGUCUCUAAACAGUCUGGUGACCAUCUCAUCAAAUCACGUGCCGGAGAAUUUCUCUCUUGAGCUCACGCAUGCCACACCUGCUGUUGAGCAGGUCUCUCAACUUCUCUCAAUGCUUCAUCAAGGCCAGUACCAACCAAGGCCAAGUUUUCGAGGAAACAAAUAUUCCAGAAGCUACAGGUAUGCCCUUCAAGAUAUGGAUAAAUUCAGCUUGAAAGACAGUGGUCGUGGUGACAGUGAAGCAGGAGACAGCGAUUAUGAUUUGGGGAGAGAUUCUCCAAUUGACAGACUUCUUGGAGAAGGAUUCAGUGACCUUUUCCUUACAGAUGGGAGAAUUCCUGCAGCAAUGAGGUUAUGCACAGAGGAAUGCAGAGUCUUGGGACACUCUGACCAGUGCUGGAUGCCCCCACUGCCCUCCCCGUCUUCUGAUUAUAGAAGUAAUAUGUUCAUCCCUGGAGAAGAAUUUCAGCCCCAGCAAAGCCAGCCCCAGCAGCAGCAAGUAAUGGAAGAUGAUUCUCAGCCUGUUGACUCAUCUGAAAAGAAAAAGAGCUUCUCAACCUUUGGCAAAGAUAGUCAGAAUGAGGAAGAAUCAGGUGACAUGUGCACCUCCUCCCUGCUUUCUGAAAUGAACAGUGUUUUCCAGCGUUUAUUGCCUCCUUCCUUAGAUGCCUACACAGAAUGCAAUGAAAUGGAUCCUCCCAGUUCCUUGGAGCGCAGGAAAGGACAUUUGUCUGCCAAGACUGUAAGUUACCCACAAGGGGUAGCAGCGUGGGCAGCCAGUACCCAUUUCCAAAAUCCUGCAAACAAUACUGGGCUAACAUUGGGGACUCAUGCAGGGGCUCAGCCAUCUUCGAAAUGGUUGCCUGCCAUGGAGGAAAUUCCAGAGAAUUAUGAAGAAGAUGACUUUGACAAUGUGCUUAACCACCUCAGUGAUGGGAAACAUGAACUCAUGGAUGCCAGCGAGCUGGUGGCAGAAAUUAACAAACUUCUACAGGAUGUCCGGCAGAACUAGAGGGUUUUGUUUUAUAGCAUAUUAAUUUUCCAUAUUUAUGGAAAACUGAGGAAGGAAACCCAGGAUGACAAGAACUGGCAUUGCCAAAUAGUUGCAUUUAUCAUAAAUGUGUCUGUGUAUGUUGAAUAUUAAAAUACUGUAUUUUCAUAUGUACACAAUGCAAGUGUGAUUAUCUUUAACUGUAUUUUAAAAAUACAUUUGUACCUUAUAUUUAUGUGUAAUUUAACAAAUAAAUUUUAUUUUUGUAUUCUCA